UCCAAAGUUGCUGUCUGAGCGGAGGCAUUGGGAAGAGGAGGCCAAGCGCUCUAACGUUCCUCGGGAAGACUUUUUCAAUGAGACGAGAGGGCUUCUGUCUCCGAGGAAGCACAGCCAAGAACAGGCGCCGGGAAGCCGUUUUCCUUCUUUUCUCCCCCAGCCCGAGCUGAAGAACUCUCAUUUCUGGCAUGCUUCUCAUCUCUCAGGAUACUAUGUCACAGUAUUCCACUAACUUUCUCUUGCUCCCCAUACCAGAGUACCCCGUGCUGGACUGUGUGCCCAACAAAAUCAUCAAGCUCGUGGUACUGGGAGGCAGCAGCGUUGGCAAGACAGCCCUGGUCGUGCGCUUCCUCACUAAGAGAUUUAUUGGAGACUAUGAAGCCAACACUGGUGCUUUAUAUUCAAGAAAGUUCACCAUAGAUGGGGAACAGAUCUCUCUACAGGUGCAAGAUACUCCUUUUGUCUCAUUAGAGGAUGACACUGACAGCAUCUGCUGCCAAGAGCAGAUAAACCGCUCAAUCUACUGGGCAGAUGGCUUCGUUUUUGUGUACUCCAUCACAGACUACGAGAGCUACCGAGUGAUCCGUCCCCUGCACCAGCACAUCCGCAAGAUCCAUCCCAAUGCCAACAUCCCACUGCUCCUCAUGGCCAACAAGGGAGACCUCCUGCGAGCCAGGCAGGUGUCCUCCAAAGAAGGACUCCAGCUGGCUGGUGAGCUGGGAGGAACUUACUAUGAAGUCUCAGCCCGGGAGAACUGUGAGGGGGUGCAUGAAGCCUUCCAGCAGCUGUGCCAGGAGGUCAGCAGGAUGAUUGGGAGCUGCAACGGGGAGAAACGAAGAGGCCUCCACCUUGUCCGGCCCAAGUCACCAAAUAUGCAGGACUUAAAGAGACGUUUGAAACAGGCUCUGACUUCCAAAGGGAAAUCUGCCACUCCACUUUGAUGGAGCCAACA